AUGGGAGUCUACAAUCUUCUUCAAAGCAUGGUGAAAAUUUUCCGAUUCACAGAGGUUUUAGGGGCAAUGGGUUUUCUCAUCUGGACAUUUAGCCGCCUCCCUUUAGUCCUCAAAGUUUCCAGCGAUUUUAUUUCUCAAAUCUCCAACUAUUUUACAAGCCCUGUUUUCGGCUUCAUACUCUGCAACAUCAUCAUCGUCUCUCUAAUUGCCAAACCCCACAAUUUCUCCGGCGGGAAAAUAAACGGUGACAAUGAUGUCGAAACUGAGCUCUUUAAUGAACUGGUAGAAGACGGGGCCGUUACGUCUCUGUCUUUGGCUGGGAGUGAGCCAAAUGGACGGCUCUGCUCUGAUACGGAGCAAGAGAAGAUCGCCUACGAAGACAAAGAGGUAAUCUCAGAGGUGACCUCGACUCGGGCGGCGGUAUUUACCGAAAAAAUGGAGAAUUUCGGUUUGGAAUCUGAGAAAUUGAAGCUGGUAUGGACGGAAUUCGGUGGAGGAGAGUUGCGACGGCUAAAAGCAGAGGAGGAAGCGAUUUGGGGAGGUGGGGUUUCGCCGGAAAGAGUAGGGAACCGGGAGGAGCUAAGUAAUAUGGAAUUUCAGCGAAGGAUUGACGCGUUCAUUGCAAGAGAGUUGAGGUUUCGUUGGGAAGAAUCCGGCGCCGUCGUCCUCCGAAGUUAA